GGUCGGGGAACGCCGCGCGACCAGUGCGUCUGAGUGCGUCUGAGUGCAAAUCGAUCUUCCCGGUCGAACCGUUUUCACAGAUCGUGUUAUUUUCCGCAGUUUGCGUCGCGCCGCGACUUUCUUUCCGUAAACGUUCCCGACAAUUCAAAAUCUCGUGAACUAUGUCCGAGGCGCACGUUGACGAGUACGAGCACUUCAACUACGACUACGACAAACAUAUCUUUACUGCUCACGGCGGCAAGCAGAGGAGCAAACGCGAGGCCGUUGCGCACACGAAUCACUUCGACCCGAGCGGCCAUUCCAGAAAGAUUCUCACCAAGCUGAUGAACACCGAGCACAACAAACGGCAGACGAACACGAACACGAACACGAGCACGAGCAAGAGCAAGGCGUAGAGAUUACGAACGUUCCUAUCCUCGUAGCCGACGUCAAAUUGGAUUUCAUCUCACAAGGACUUAUCUCUCACCUAAGGCGUCUGGAAUAAAACCAAUUAUAUAUAUAUAUAUAUAUAUAUACAUAUAUAUAUUCUUUUUUUUUACUGUCGAGAAUGCAUUUAGUCAUAGAUUCUCAUCUAAGAUUGGCACGAUAAUUCGUGUCCCUUCGUUAUCAUUUAUGUUAAAAGCACUCAAAAGAUCACGUUAUUUAUGAAAGUACAAAAUAACGUACGUCGCUUCGGCUUACCUAUUCGUGAAUCUGGAGUUUGUAUGACAUUCUUUUCUUUUUCUUCUUUUCUCUUAUGUAAGAUAAUGUGGUGAUACUAUAUUAAUUUUUAUGUGUGCUAUUAUUAAAUUCGUUGAUAAGCUAUGAUCGAAAUGAUUUAAUAAAUGAUAGCGAAUCAUUAAUUGUAGCCUUCUUUUUAUGCAUGCGUUUUCGCAUACGUCGCAACAAUGAGCAGUCGUUGAAAGGAACAGCGGUUGAAUGAUAAAUCUUACUAUUAGUUCCUUAUCAUAAUGAGUAGUACGUGUAUCGCAACAUUUUACGAAAAACAUUUAUAAAGAAGGCUAAACUAAUUGAUUCGCAUUAAUUCGAGGAUACACGAUGUUCAUGUUCAAUCAAGAUGCUUGCUUAUUGAUGAUAUACUGUUGGUUUAGAAUUACGUGAUAUAUUUUUCCAAGUUCUUUGUGCGAAAAAAUACAUUAUCUUGUAUUGACAUGAACAUCAUGAUGUGAUUAUAUCGAAAGAACUGUGAAAUAAAGAUUUUUAAUUAACGAGAAUAUACUUUUGUUUAUAAAGGCA